AUGACACGAAACAAUGACAUACUCGAGGAUCCAGAUGAUAAAGGUUUUGAUAUUCUUGUUGAUCUUCCUAUUAGAACAGAGUGCACUAUGCAAUGGAAAUUUUAGAAUAGACAGGGCUAUACCUGAACCAUCGUUAGAUAAAAGUGUUGAAACCCCGAGAAAAGAUAGCGCACAUAUUUCUACAGAUGGGAAAAAGCAUCAACAAAAUGCACUAUUAGCCGGUGGCACAACGACUUCUGAGGUUAACAAAACGGACAAUAUAACCUCGAAACAGGUGGACGUUAAUAAAACUGCGUACACUACAGGAACGCGUAAAGAGCAUGUGGGUGAAGGACAUGCAACUUCUUUAAAUGCUGGAGCUCUGAAGCGUGGUUUUUAUGUGUUUGUGGGGCUAAGCGUUCUUGUCUUGGCCUAUAUCGUGUUCCGUAGCUUUAGGUUAAAUAAAACACGUGCCCAAAUGGUCAGAAAAUAUGGUAUUCUAGCACACAGACAAGAUGUUGAGAUGCGACCAUUGCCAUUAGAUGAGGAGGAUGAUGAGGAUACUACUGUUUUUGAUGCCACUAAUGUUUUAACAAAUAAUGUUGAGCAUCAAAAUUUAUAAAAACCAUUGAUAUAGAGUACACUAAUUAUUUUGUCACAAA